AAAGCAGCCACACAGGGAUAGAAGUACUCAGAACCCACCACUUCUUCUGAUUCUCAGCUUUAUUAACCUCCAUCAAUGGAACCCCACAUAGCUUCUUAGGUUAAAGAGAAACAAGUAACAGAGAGAGAGAGAGAAGCAAUCAAAACUCCAAAGAGUCCAGAGGGGGGAAGGCAGAGCUCAAAGACAGCCCUUGUGAGUUGUGACUGCGAUUUCCUUGCUUCCUUUGUCUCAUCUCUGUUCUUUACUGUUCCUCUCUAAGCCCUUCUUCUCUCGAACAGAACAAAACAAAACAAUCAAAAGUAUUGAGUACCCAUUAAAGCCAUCUCUGAACACUAUCAGUGGUCCAUAGUCUAUGAGUCCCAUACAUGUUGAGUUCUGAAGGUAAGCAUAGAGGCUGGCCCAGAAAGUUGUCUCGGAUCCCUAUGUACGGUCGUUCUUGUGGACGCCAAUAACGAGAAAAUUGUUUGCUUUUUUCUCCACUCAUAAACACAACCAGGCUUCAAGUAUAAAGAGCCUUGUGGUCCUCACUCCUCAAACCUACCUUUUUGUAUUCCGUAAUAAUUCUUCUCUCCAUAGAGUCCAUUUCUCUCCUCUUCCUCUUUUCUGUUCUAUUUGUUCUCCUCCGACCUCCGCUGUUGCAUUUCCAACUCUCAAUCAAGCCUUUCACAAUCUCUCUUACCUUAGAAUAGAGAACCAAUGCAAGAACCAGGUGGGUUGGGAAUGUUGGGCGGUGGCGGUGGUGGAAGCGGUUUUGGUGGAUUAAACGAAGAUGUGCCCAUGUCAGUUUCGCUAGCAGUUUCAGCCGAGCAACAGCGGCAACUCAAGGCGGAGAUCGCAACCCACCCUCUUUAUGAGCAGCUUCUUGCAGCCCAUGUUGGGUGUCUCCGUGUAGCUACUCCAAUCGAUCACUUACCACUUAUCGAUGCGCAGCUCGAGCAGUCUCACCAUAUCCAUCGCUCUUACGCUUCUCAGCAUCACCACCACCAACAUGUCUCUCCCCAUGGAAGACAGGAACUCGACAACUUCUUGGCACAGUAUAUCUUAUUGUUGUGUUCAUUCAAAGAACAGCUUCAACAACAUGUCAGAGUCCAUGCCGUGGAGGCUGUUAUGGCUUGCCGUGAAAUCGAACAAUCCUUCCAAGCUCUCACAGGAGCAACUCUUGGUGAAGGAACAGGAGCAACAAUGUCAGAUGAUGAAGAUGAAAUGCACAUGGAUGGUUUAGAACAAACAGGUUCUGAUGAGAUUGACAUGACAGGAUUUGGUCCAUUGCUUCCAACAGAAUCUGAACGAUCUCUAAUGGAGAGGGUUAGGCAGGAAUUAAAGAUUGAACUCAAACAGGGUUUUAGGUCAAGAAUUGAAGAUGUAAGAGAGGAGAUAUUAAGAAAAAGAAGGGCAGGAAAACUACCUGGUGAUACAACUUCGGUAUUGAAAACUUGGUGGCAAGAACACUCAAAGUGGCCCUACCCUACGGAGGAUGACAAGGCAAAACUUGUGGAGGAGACAGGCCUGCAACUAAAACAAAUUAACAACUGGUUCAUCAACCAAAGAAAGCGCAACUGGCACACUAACUCUCAAUCAAUGACCUCUUUAAAGUCCAAGCGCAAAAGGUAGACUACAGUUCCAGUUGAUGAAGAAACAUGAAACAUAAUUUACGGGAAAAUCGAUGUUAUGUAAAUUCGUGGGUAACUAAUUCUAGCCAUACACAUCCAUCAGUUGGGGAAGAAGGUUGGCAUAGUUAGAGAAGUUUGAAAAAUUAAGUAAUGCAUUAUCAACAAUUAAUUAAUGGUGUUAAAUGUAUGUAGUAGUAGCACUUCUCUGUUUACUAUCACAUUGUUCAACAAAGAUUCAAAUCAUUGUGCAUCA